UGUAGAUAGUUUAGCGAGACGAGAGAAUAUAAACGAUUGAAUAUGUGAGAUAUAAAAUCAUUAGCUAAGAUGAAUAUGUUUUAUUUCAUAUUAAUAAUUUUUAUUAUUGCUGCUGGUAGCAAUGGAGAAUACCAUCCACCACUUAAAGGCAUGCAGUAUUUUUCCAUUACCUGUAAGACACCAGAGCAAUUAUCAUUGUUAAGGUCAUUAACUAAUAAUCCUAAUGUGCUUACUCUCAAACUCUCACAAAUUCUUGGUGAAUCCGCUGACAUAUUGGUAACUGCUGAUGAAUCAUCACAAUUUAAAAAUAUUUUAUUGUUAUAUAAAAUUGAUCACACAAUAAUUACCGAUGAUGUUGAACAUGUUGUCCAUGAAGAAGCUCUUAAAAAUAAUAUUGUUCGUAUGCAAUCUUCUCGUAUUACGUUAAAUAAACUAUCAGCCGAACCGUUUGAUUAUUAUCCUCGUUAUCAUGAGAUGGAAGAAUACAUUACAUUUCUCGCAAAAAACUAUAGUGAAAUUGUAAGCGUUGAUAGCAUAGGUACUUCUUUUCAAAAUCGAACAUUGUACGUUAUAAAAAUUUCCUCUGGUGGGGAUAAUAAGCCGCAGAUUCUUAUUGAUGCGGGAAUCCAUGCCCGAGAAUGGAUAGCGCCGUCUACUGCACUAUAUGCAGUACAUCAACUAGUAACAAAUCAAAGCAAUACUUAUCUUUAUAAAAAUGUUGACUGGCUUAUUAUACCGAGUUUAAAUCCUGAUGGUUAUGAGUAUACCCAUUCGAAUUAUCGAUUCUGGCGAAAAACACGUUCUAUUAAUAAGGGAUCAACUUGCAUCGGUACCGAUGCCAAUAGAAAUUUCGAUUUAAAAUGGAUGACUGUAGGAGCAUCAAGUAAUCCUUGUUCAGAAACAUAUGGCGGACCUAAGCCAUUUUCCGAAGUUGAAACACUGGCAUUGAAGGAUUAUGUUAUGGCAAAUAAUAAAACAAUUAAAGCCUACUUAACAUUGCAUUCAUAUGGUCAGUAUUUAUUACAUCCGUGGGGAUAUACUUCAGACUUACCUGAAAAUGAACCUGAACUUAGAAGCGUAGCUGAAAGAGCUGCUGCUGCUCUUGCUGCACCAUUUGGUACUCGUUAUACUAUUGGAAGCUCAACAAAUGUUCUAUACGCUGCUGCUGGAGGCAGUGAUGAUUGGCUGAUGGGAGUCGCAGGAGCGAAUUUAUCAUACACAGUAGAGUUGCCAGGUGGCAGAUUUGACCCGCCUCCUUCUCGUAUUGAAUUCGUCGGAAUUGAAACAUUUGAAGCUUUCAAAGUAUUUCAGGAGUACAUUGAAAAAACAUUUGUAAAUUAAUUUUGAAAUAAAAUGAAGUUAACAACAUCUGUUAACUGAGAUUGAUAACGGAAUUGUUAUAAUAUGAUAAUAUACACAAUAUAUCUUGUAACUACGAUAAUUGCGGUAUUUUCUAAUAAAUUUAAAUAUAAUUAUAAGUUUA